CCAAAGAUGACAUUCUUGAUAGUCCAUCACAAAGAAUGAUGACAAGAGCUCAACUUAGAAGAUAUUUUGUUCUCUCUGUCAUUUCGGCCUAAUUUGUUUCUGAGAUUGGUUAUGGCACGAGACAAAGGAAAAGGGAAAGCCAAAAUCACCACAUACUCAUCAUCAAACUCAACUGACGCAAGUAUCCCUGCGUCACCACCUCCACAAAAGGAUGCUCCUCUGAUAAUUGGUAAACCAAAAGAAAAGACCAAGAAAAGAACAAGCGAGCCAGUCCAAGAAAAGGGAACCAAAAAGAAAAAGAUUUCAAAAGCUCCAGUUGUGCAUAUGGAGAGGGCUAUUCAUGAGCCAAGGUAUAUUCACUGGCCUGCUUUUGUUGAAAUUUCCGUUCCUUUGCAAUCUUUGUUUGAGUAUCAAAAAUGGGAUAAACUGUGUUCUGAUACUGAAGGAGUGUAUGUGGACUUAGUGCAAGAAUUCUAUAAAAAUUUGAGGGUUGAUGAUUCUGAAAAAGAUGAGUCCUUUAAGGUGAAAAUGAAAGGGACAAUUUAUGAAGUGACAGUAGCUAGAUUAGCUAAAGCCCUAGGAAUUCCAAACAGUGGAAACAAAAUCUGCUCCCACAAAGAUGUUUUUGCUGUUGGUGGGUUUAACAAAAGGGAUUUUGAGGGUGAAGUGUUUAAAGGAGAAGUGAAGGAUAAGACUAGCAUUACCCAUGCUCAUCAACACAUUAAAAUUCUUCAUAGUUUUAUCAUUUAUGUGUUGAAUCCUAGAACCGGCAGUCCCAACUAUUUGAGUACCCUUGACCUCUGCAUAAUUUGGCAUAUAGUGAACCAAAUUGAGUUUAAUCUUGCCUAUUUUAUGCUGAAACAAAUCAUGAAAUGGAAGCCACCUUAUAAGCUACCCUAUGCUCAUCUUCUAAAUGGUCUAUUUAGAGACUUUGGGAUACCUUUGGAAACUGAGAAACUUAGGACCAAUAUGAUCCCAGUCACUAGCUUGCAAAAAGAUGAUGAUGGUAGAAAGCUUAGAUUUGAGCAAGGUGCUAGCUCCAAAGAUAGUGCAAGUGGUACUUUCAAUGUUGAAGGUAUUUUGGAGGAAGUAAACAAUUUGAGAGAAUUUGUUGAAAUGGAACUUGGAGAGCUACAAAAAUUUAGAAAUUUUCAAACUAUUCUUAUGAAUGCUCUAGACUCUAAAGUUGAUGGAUCUUUGAUGUUGAUGUACAAGAUUGUUGAAGAGUUGUUUAAAAUCAAAGUCCAUUUGGGUAUCUCAACCAGAAAUUUGGAGAAACCGAUAAGCAAAGAUGGUAGUGGGAAAGACAUGAGUGACUCAGAGUCUGAAGCAGAACCUGAGACACCUGCUCCUGCUGCUCCUGCAAAAGGAAAGGGCAAAACAGCUCAACAAGAACAAAGACGCAAACAGAAAGAGGAAACUGGUGACUUGAAGCUCAUCGAAUCCAUCCCCAUCACACAGGCAAUUGAAGGUCUUCAUUCUUUCCGUAAUGCUUCACCUGCAUGUCGUGGUUAUAUUAGACUUCCACCUCUAUCAUCUCCGGUAAAAAUUUAUCUAUUGGGGCCUGUGUUGAUGUCUCGUUUGAGGAUGCAUGGUGUGAAGCUGUAA